CUUCCCCCUCCCACAAAUCUCCUCUCAUCCCGUUAGGGUUAGGUCCCCAUGGCGACGGCGGUGCUCAGAUCCCACGACGCGCUCGCCAACACGAUGCACCUCGACGCCUUCGCCGCGUCCCCCAUCAAGCCCCGCCGCCGGCGCCACGCCAAGGCCGGCUCGCCGCCGCCCAAGACGGCGGUUCCGGCCGUUAGCUCGUCGCCGCCCAAGCAGGCGCAGGCGCCCGUUGCGUCGUCGCCUCCCAAGGCCCCGGCCGCGGGCCGCCGGUCCCCGCCCGCGAAGCCCGCCCGCAAGCAGCCGUCCCCGUCCAAGGAGGCCCCCGCCAAGCCGCCGCAGAUGGUGGUCCGGAUCCUGAAGCGCGGCGAGGAGCCACCGGCUCCCGCUCCGGUUCCCGCCCCUGUACAGCCCAAGGCGCAAGCCCCGCCGGCGGACAGGCGCGUGCGGUCGCCUUCCCCUCCAUCAGCGGCCCCCGUCCAGGCCCGGGCGCAAGCCCCGCCGGCCGACAGGCGCGUGCGGUCUCCUUCCCCCGCCUCACCACCCGUCCCGGCCCGUGCGCCGCGUGUGCUCGGCUUCACCGCCCGGAUCGGGCCCCAGGCGCCGGCCGUCGUGCCCACCAAGAGGAUGGUCUCCGUCGCCGCUGUUGCCGCCAACGCGGCGACCUACGCCGGCCCGGCCUUCUCCGUCGCGGCCCCGGAGCCGAGCUCCCUCCCUGUCCCCGGGUUCCUGCAGCGCGCCGAGGAAGAGGCCACCCGCGGCCUCCGCUGCCUCCUCCGCAUCGGCGAGCUCUCAUGAUACCGGCGGCUCCCCCUGCAGUCGCAGCAUCUGCGUGUGCGCCGCUCCCCUCUUCAGGCCACGACGCUUCUACUCCCUCUCUCUCUCUACCUCGUCUCCACUGAAGGAAGAAUUCGAGGUGGUAAAUCUCCGGAUGGAUUGGUGGUUGGAUGGUUGGUGGAUCCGGUGGUGGUAAGCUUAUGUUAUCUGGAUCAGAUCCCGGCGACGUUCCCAUCAAGCCCCUCGGUAUUUUUUCAGAGGCAGGUUUGAUAACGGAUCGCCGGUGGUAGGAUUUGGUCCAUGUUGCUUAGGUUCACACGUUGCUGCUCUUCGCUGUUUGGUUCGCUCGCCUCUGAUGUCGUUGUUAGGUAGUAGAGGAUUAAUUGUUCAGGGUUGGUGGUGGCUUCUCGGUUCUCUUCUGAAGAAUAGGUGAUCUUUUAGGCACUGAGUAUGUUUAGUGUAAUGAUCGAAGGUUCUGGUGUGUGAUUCCAAGGUCAAUAAGUUUAAGAGUAGUAUUCAUAUUAAGAAUUAAGUUAUGUAUAGUUGCGUCAGCUGGGCUACGUGUAGUUCAUUUAGCAACUGAGAGAUAUGAGAGUAGUUGCUUCAGCUAAACCAUGUGUAGUUGAUUUAGCAACUGAGCUAUGAUGUUCUAGUAUCGUUCAUGGUCCUAUGUAAAGUUUGUGUCUGUAUCAGUCGCUCCAUAGUCGUCAAAUAAUAAAUCAGUGGUAGUUUAAUUA